AUGAAGCAGCACUACAGCACCUUUGAUCCGACAAUACAAAAGGUGUUAGCUAAAGUGGAAAACUGCCUCGGGUGGAAGUUGGCAGAUAUCCCACCUCUGCCCCAGUGGCUGGGCAAGAGUGGACGGGGUAUCCUCAUGGGCGACGCUGCUCACGCUAUGCUGCCCUACCUAGCCCAUGGAGCGGCCACAUCGACUAAGGAUGGCACCGCGCUGGCCGAAUGUAUCAGCCGGGCCUUGAGACUGGACGAUAUCCCCAAGGUUCUCCCGGCCUUCCAGGAAAUCCGUAAGCCGAGGUGCGAAAUCAUCCAAGCCGGCUCGCGCGCCAACGGUGACAUCUGGCAUCUUCCCGACAGGUCAGAGCAAGAGCGAUGUGGUUGCGCCAUGGGCGGAGAGACCGGCGAUAGCAGCGAUGCUGAGUCCAACUCGAACCAUUAG